AUGGCAGCACCCAAGAAAUAUGUCAAAAUCAAUGGCGUCAUGAAGUUGAAUCCUGAAUACAAAAAGUGGAAGGAACAACAAGGUGGCGGUGCUCCGGCAACCUCUGUGGCACGGCCAUCUGUCGCGCUUCCCAUUGUGUCCAGUAUGGACGAUCACGAAAAGCUUAACGAGGCCAUGGUGGCCCAAGGUGGAAAGGAAAUUCCUCUUGCAGAAUCUACUUCAGCGACCAUUGAAAUGAUGCAAGAACCCGAAAUUUCUGUCGAGGCUGGAAUGAACCCCGAUACCAUGGUCGAUGAAUUGGGUGCCUUGUUGAACAAGUAUGAGGUUCCUAUGGGAUUGAUGAACAAGCUUAUGAUGCUCAGUGAAUAUGAAGUUUUGGAAUUUCUGAUUGACGACUCUGGAAGUAUGACAUUGACAUCCGACACUGUGGAUUUGCAAGGCCGUCCCCAAACCCGCUGGGCCGAAGCUCAAGGUCGUUUAAAGGAAAUGAUCGAGGUUUUGGCCUAUGUUCCUUUCAACCAAAUUGUCAUUGUCUUUUUGAACCGCACAGAGGUCGUGUCCUUGCAACGUAAUGGACGCGAUCCAAGGACCUUUUUGGCCGAUGCCUACCAGCAAAUCGACCGUGCCUUUACCAGAUCUCCUAGUGGAACUACCCCAGCCUUAGAGAAGAUCCAAAAGUCGCUCACCGGUAACCCCAGCAUGUCCAUUGCAAGAUGGUUUUUUGGUGACGGUGUACCAAACGGCGGCAUUAUGGCCCAAAAGGAGAUCACCCGACUUCUUGUCCAACGUCCAAACCCUGCUCAAAAUCCAAUGACUUUUAUCAGUUGUACCAAUGAGGAUGACCAGGUAGAAUGGAUGAAGGACGCUGAAGAGGUUGCACCAUAUUGUUCCGAAUCUGAUGAUUUCAGGGAUGAGGCCGCCGAAGUCCUUCGGGAUCAAGGAGCUGCUUUGCCUUAUUCCAAGGGGUUCCACUUGGUUGGAACUUUGGUUGGGGCCAUGAAUCCUGAUGAUUUGGAUGCCAUGGACGAAAGCAUCCCGUUCACCAAGGCAACUUUGGACAACUUGUUGGGAAUUCAGCACAACGAAGAAUCCUACCGCCACUACUUCAACUUGUUCGCGGAAGCCCAAAGCAACCGUAAAAUAGAAGGCCCCAGUGACAACUUGAAGAAGAGCAUGCGAUGGAACUACAAUGACUUUUUGCAGGCGCCCGUGGCCAGCCAAAUUGCUGCAGUCCAAGACUUCAAGGCCAAGUUGAAGACAAUGGGAGGAUAA